GGUGUAUGAGGAGAGAGUCAAUCAUGGCUGCUUCCUUGAUACGGUGGCUAAGAAGAUUGUACGUCUUCUUGUUGAUAUGUCCAGUCUGUGUCCCAUCCUUCUUGAAUUUAGAGGAGCUGAAUGAGAUGAAAUAUGGGAUUCAAAUUCUGCCCGAUCCUGUCAUCUUGGGGCAGACUAAGACAGAGGAGGUUAUGAUGGUGUCCAGUAAGUACAAGCAGCUGUAUGAGUGCCGACUUCCAGCCCAGGCUGUCCGCUUCCAUCAGGAUCCAGCCUCUGAGCCCGACUCUCAAGGGUACACCGGACCUGACAUCCCAGACCUUCUUAGUCCAAUGCACAAUGCCCAGUGUCUAGUGAAGACGAAGGACUGGUGGACCUAUGAGUUCUGCCACGGUCAGCAUAUCAGACAGUACCACCUCGAAGACACAGAAAUCAAAGGAGACAUUCUCUUCCUAGGUUAUUAUGAAUCUGAAUUUGAUUGGAGCAAUGAAACAGCAAAGGCCUCCAAGCAGCACAGACUGAAGCGCUACCACAGUCAGACCUAUGUAAAUGGAUCUAAGUGCGACCUAAAUGGAAAUCCGAGAGAGACUGAAGUCCGGUUUGUGUGCGAAGAAGGCUCGAGUGAUUACAUCGCCCGAGUGGAUGAGCCUCAGUCAUGCCGCUACGUGCUGACAGUUCACACCAGUCGUACCUGCCAGCAUCCAUUCCUGCGCCCACCGUCCACUGCCAAGCCCCAGGGUAUCGUGUGCCAGCCAGCGCUAAGUGCCCAACAGUACAUGGAUUACGUCAAGGCUCAAGUCUUGGACACAAAGCGUAAAGUAGAGCAGAUCUCAGAGGAGUUGAGGAGUCUGGAUGAGAUGUUGGCUGGUAAUGAAGGGGCAGAUGGAGCAGUGGAAGUGACAGCAGACGAGGCAUCACCUGCACCCAGUGAUGAGCCGGACCAGCCGGACAGAAAAGAUGCUGCUGAUGUUUCUCAGGACGCCGGGUCAGAGGAGGCAGAAGAUUUGGAUUUCUGGGACGGAGUUACAAAGCCAGGGAAUUCAAAAACAACUGUCACUCAACAGGAGCAGGCAGCAGAUGAAGGCUCUAACCCAGUCACAGACAAUGAAGUCAUUGAUGAUGGUGAGGAAGUUGAAAAGUUCAACUUUAAAAUCAUCACCGACCCAGCAGACCUCAUGAAAUUUGUCCAGCAUCUCAAAGAGAGUAACAGGAAGAAAGCACAAAACCAAGUGAAAAGUCAAGGAGAGAAACCAACAAGCGACAGGGUAGUGGAGAAACUCGGUGAAGAAGAGAAAGAUGAUGAUGAACAUUUGCUGCGGGAGUUUGAGGAUGAGAUGUCCGACCUCUCAGUGCCCUCAGAUAAGAUUGAAGAGAUAAAGGAGGAAAUGCAAAAGGAGUUUGACAACAUCAUAAAUGAGGCCCAGCAGGAAUUGGAGACAGAAGGUCUCAAAGGGGAGUUUGAUCGCACACAAGCAACACAGACACUGGAGACGACGCUGGACAAGCUACUUGAUCAUUUGGAAGAGAAAGACGUCCAGGACACAGAGCAGCAAACGGGGGGAGUUCAAAGAGCCAACGACCCAACCAGGGGCAGCCCCAGCCUGGCUCCGAAGCAGCCAGACCAAGCGGCUGACGACCAUGUUAAGAUCAAAAUUACUAAGUAUAAGACGGGCAGCAGCCCUGAUGGUGAGGUCAAAUAUCAGGAGAUGGGCGAAGGAGACCCCCAGUGGCAGCACAUAAAGGACGUGGUUAAAGAACAGCUAGAGAAAGCAGGACUGAAGGCAGAAGGUAAAAUUGAGGUGAAGAUCUUGACACGGAAAAAUGCACAGGAGGCUGGUGAUCAGUGGCUGACUGAAGAGGAUACAAAGUCCUUCAGGGAGCUUCUCAUAAAUCUCCUGACUGGAGGCACAGAAGAGGUUUACAAAGAGCAAAAGAGGCAGCAGGAGUUGGAGAACAACUAUAGGUUUGUGUGGGGAGAGUCCCAGGAGGAGUCCCAGUCAUCCAGCACCUCCGACUCAGACGAUGUGGACAUAUGAGCUCAUUCAGUGCACCUUUUGUGACCGUGAACGCCUGUGGAGACCAGCAGGGAGGGGGACUCUGAAGUGCAGCCGCAAAUUUGAAAAAGAGCCCACACGAUUGAGUUACUGCUAUUAAACCUGGCAGAUGAUAUCAACUCACCUGUUUGCACAUUCAGAAAAUGUGUGUCUUGAAUAGGCAAUAUGUGUCUUCAGUAGACAUCAGUUAUGGUGUUGCACAAUGAUAACUGCAGCAUCUCAGCUGCACUUGUUUGCAGCUGAAUGAAAUUAUGCAUUUUCCCCUUUUUGAUGGGAUUCAGUUUUGAUAGAUGGCUAGAAUAGCCGAGUGAUGUACAAUAUGUACCUUUUCACAAAUAUUUCAGUGAAUUUCACUGAAUAUUUGCAUCUAGUUCUGAAGUUGUCAGCAGCACACUGUGUCCACAGUUAAGUUAUUACUUACCAGUGCAUUUGUCUUAUACAAAGAAAUCCUUACCUUUAAGUGACACAACUGGAGGGAAUUGUGCAUGCCGCAACAAACUGGAUGAGUGUUUGUUCAGGUUGUUUAAUCUACUGAAAUAUAUGAUUGUGUCCGGAUAUGAAAAACAAAGGACAAAUACUCAAGGGUUCACAUUUCAGUUCCCAGUUGUCUUUCUGACAUGCUGCGUUUGGUGACUCUAUUUGUCAGUAAACACAGCUGUAGAUUACAGAAGUGUUUGUACACAUGCUGUGGCACUUUAUAUUUUUAGAAAAAGGUUUUGUAAACUCAUAAUUUUAACAUUGUUUGACAAACAUUUGUGGUUUCCCUUGGGUUGCCAUGUGCUUUUUAAGGGUGUCAAAAAAAAAAACACUUAAAAGAAUGUAGGAAGAUAAAUCUUUUAAAGUGUGUGCUUUGUCUAUGACAAGAACUUCCCCAUAUUUAACCUACCUUAAUUUAGCAAAGGAAAACAAAGAAAGCUACAAUGUCAAUCAGAUUCAGUGUACCAAAAUCCACACACAAAACGUUUUUAAGGAUCCUUCAGAGGUGUACUUAAAAGGGCUGAAUUUGUACAGCUUGUGAAUAAUUGUGGCUGCUCGGGAUUUGAUGUGUACAUAGUUAUUGCGUAAAUAUGUUUUUGAAUUGAUUUGUUGUAAAUUAGCACAAAUUAAGUAUGGCUUGAGUUACCUGACAAAAUGUGUUCAGAUUUGUGACUGUGCAAUCUUGUAUAUGAGACAUAAUUUCACUGUUGGACUGAGUUAUACACAUGUGUUUUUCAGACACAUAGCUGAGGCAUUUGCUCCAAAAGAAGCCAGUGUCCAGUAGCUCAAGAUCAGACAGGUGUGAGCAGAACAAAAGCCUCGGGCAUUGUGGGAGGGUUUAUUUACUUAGCCAGCUGAAUUCCUCUUCCCAAAGAAUUGGUUCCACCCUUCAUGGCCUUUUCUUAUCUGGGGCCUGUAUUACAAGGUGACAUUACAAGGCUCUCUUUGAGCUUAACUCAGGCAUUCCUGUAUGACAGAGCUGGCUCAUUGUUAACUGCCACUUUCACAUGAACACGCUCAUGGCUCGGUAGGAAAACCCAGAGUUAACCAUGCCUGACGAUGCUGGUUAUCUAGGAUCACCGAUGGCAGUCUCUGUGAAGCCAGGUAGCCCAAAGAGAGCCAGACUGUUGGGAGUUUGUGAUGACAGGCCCCAGCCCCAGCAUGCUGCUUGAAGGGGGAAAACGAACUGUUUCAAAACCUUCAAUCUGUCCCUAACACUCACAGGUUUAACAUGUUUCUCUGCAGUAAUCAUUUUGAUCCUCUUCAGCUGCACACGUUCUUUCUAAACAGUGACGACUUACAGUAGAGGCAGAAAAGAUGGAAGUUUAUUACUAUGUUCUUGAAUGGGGGCUAUAAUGCUGUAUUAGGAACACCAUACUGGCUUCUUAGUCUGACAGAGGUCUGUCUUUGCUGCCUUGUAAAUAUAAGUCUUUGAGCACUCUUUGUUCUUUUGAAAUAAAAAAGUACCAUAGGAGUCCUCUGGACAUCAUCCAGCCAUUUAUUUUUUAUGUGCUAAUGUUAAGCACUGCUUUUGUAUUGUUUUCUCAUGCAUUAGAUGGACAUACUGCAAGCCCCCAGGCCUUCAGAGGCCAAGUCCUUCACAUGAUUCCCUCGCAUUGUUAUAAUAAAGAUAUGUGCCAUUCGUGAA